AUGGAGCAAGGGGAGGAACUUCCAAAUACGGCUGAGGGCGUAGAAUCCGGAAAGUCUGCAACAUUUGAGGGGCGCUUACAGUUGAAGGAGUUCAUGUACACCUCGCAGCAGUCGGUUCGCAGAAGCCCUCGGUUUGCGGCCGCACCUGAAUCACCCUCGUCAUCUUCAGCGACCAGCGUGACAGUUCCUUCAUCAUCCAACAAGCGACGCCAGUCAGCAGCUCCCAGCUCAUCAUCUUCAUCUCCGCAGAAGAAGAAGCGGACCCGUCCCAGUGCGGGAUAUGCACCUCCUUCUACUUAUGCGCACCUCCCUGAGCUUCCUGAUGCCGUUGCGCCCAAUCUCUUGGUGUUUUUCAUUGGGCUGAAUCCCGGAGUAGAGACUGCUCGGAAGGGCCAUGCCUAUGCACACCCCUCCAAUCUUUUCUGGAAGCUCCUCUACUCGAGCGGCGUGACGCCCCGCCCAUGCCGACCCGAAGAGGACCGGCAGAUGCCGCAGCUCUACAGUCUCGGCUUGACCAAUAUUGUUUCGCGGCCAAGCCGCAACGGUGCUGAGCUGAGCAAGCAGGAGAUGGAUGACGGCGUCGCCAUCUUGGAAGACAAGGCUCGCAAGUGGCGGCCGGAGAGCAUGUGUGUAGUAGGCAAGAGUAUUUGGGAGAGCAUCUGGCGUGUGCGUCACGGGUCUCCUGUUGGCAAGGCUUUCAAGUACGGAUGGCAAGAUGAGUCUGAGAAUAUGGGCGUCAUCGAGGGCGAGUGGGCGGGAGCCAGAGUGUUUGUCGCAACAAGCACAAGCGGUCUUGCGGCGUCCAUGUCUUUGGCUGAGAAGCAGGCCGUAUGGAACCAACUGGGCUCCUGGGUCAAGACGAGGAGAGCCGAGAGGGAAGCCCAGGAAGAGAAGGAGGUCUCGCAAGAGAAGACAGUAGAAGAGACUGAUUCGGCUUCAUAGCGUUAGACAGUCUUUUUAUUUACACGACUCGU